AACUUACCUUCUACCGCCAUGGUCGUCCCUUCUAGCGACAUCGACUCGUCUUCUCCAGAUGCAAUGCGUCUUUUUUAUCGUCGCUUAUACCCUUUCCCCUCCAUAUUUACUUGGCUAAAUCAGCAACAUGCUCCGACUCGCUUGUUCACCCACCGCGAAUUCGCUUUUACGCUACCAGGGGAUGUCUAUCUUCGAUACAACUCAUUUCAAAACGUAGAAGAGCUGAAAAAGCAAGUCUGCAAUCUUAAUCCUUCUCGAUUCGAAAUCGGGCCCAUGUACAGUGUUCGCCCGAAGGAUCGGAGAACCGCGCGUCCAGGGGCGUUCUUCCCCGUUCAACGUGAACUGGUAUUUGAUAUCGAUAUGACGGAUUAUGAUCCUAUUCGCACUUGCUGUUCUGAAGCUGCUAUCUGUAAGCGUUGCUGGGGCUUCAUAUCUGCUGCAGUCCACGUCUUGGAUGCGGCAAUUCGGGACCAAUUUGGAUACCAACAUCUAAUGUGGGUCUACUCCGGUCGACGUGGAAUCCACUUGUGGAUAUCAGAUAAAGAAGCAAUGGAGUUAACCGACGACGAACGGAAGGCAAUGGUUAAUUGGUUAACAGUCGUGCAGGGUGGGAAGGAACCGGGAAAGAAAGUCAACGUUCGCAUUGGUUCUCGGGCCUUACCACCGUCACUUCAAGAAUGCUUACAAGAACUUGCUGAGGUUUUUACGGAUCUCAUACUCCAAGAUCAAGAUUGUUUUGCCACGGAAGAAGGAUAUGAAGCUCUUUUGAUGCUUCUACCUGUUCCUGAUGUUGUCGAUGCUCUCCGGGCUAAAUGGUCGGCUGACCCGAUGCGGUCCUCGUCAGAGAAAUGGACGGACCUCAAAGCUCAGAUAAAAAAGUCAUCCGAAAAAGCUACAUUGACGGCGGCACUAGAAGAUAUCAUUCUCCAAUACACGUAUCCUCGCCUCGAUGCGGAAGUCUCGAAACAUAGAAACCAUCUUCUCAAAGCACCCUUCGUUGUACACCCAGGGACAGGUCGAGUAUGCGUGCCCGUCGAUCUUGCGAGAAUAGACGACUUUGAUCCGGACAAAGUUCCAACGGUAGGCCAGCUUCUCGAAGAACUAAAUCACAUCGAGGGUGAAAAAGAACCUGGCGAUCAUGAUUCUGAUUGGCAAAAAACAUCUUUGAAGCCUUACGUCGAAAUGCUAGAUAAUCAUGUUGCACGUAUCAUGAAUGAUAUCCGAAAGGUGAAACUCGAAAAUGAUAUGUCAUGGUGAUAUCCGCUGAUCACUAUUUUUGCCGUUGCUGGACACUAUUCGCUACUUGGAUUUGUAACUGAAGUAAAUCUUAUUCCGAAUUUCACAUUUAACUACCCGAGACGACGUGCAUAGAUCAUUUGAAACAAGACAACCAACUUUCAAGAAGGAGGCCUGCAACGAGA